AUGUAUUACACAGCUGUAUUCUUAGGCGGUGAAUGGAGUAUGGUAGACUUCUCCCCAUCAGGCAAGUGCCUCUGUGUAGUAGUAUCUCUACUAGGAGUGGCUCUCUUCGCCAUGCCUGCUGGUCUACUCUUCGAAGCAUUCGGAGAUGUAUCUGGCCUCAUGGUCCUAACCAAGUGUGAGCCUUUGGAUGAUUAUGGUCGAUCGUCGUCGAAGGUCGCGGGUGGUGAGAGCGACCACGUGGUGUAA